GUUGAGGUACAAGUGUUUAUUAUGGUAAAUGUUCCAAAGCUCAGACCCCCUUAGCUAUGUGAUAACUGACUUAGUCUUAUGCUGCAAAUAAAACUAAAACAAGUAAUUACAAACAGUCAAAUAUCUUUUUGGUUAGAUGAAAUGAUCAAAUGUUAAUACCAGUAAAUCUCCAAGUUCAGACCGAUUAAAGAAGCCAAAUAAAGCUAGCUUAAACGACUCUCAACUCCAUAUUUGAUUCCAUGUUGGGAAUAUAAUGCUGAUCAAUGUAUUAGAUAACUGAAUGAAAAAACAAUCAGCUCAAUAUACUACUGACAACAAUACAUAAUGAAGGAAAAGAAGGAAAUGAUAGUUAAAACAACAAACAAGACAACUUUUGAAAGUUUGUUUGGUUUUUCUCUUGAUGAAUGUAAGAGAUGGAGAUCACUUGUGACAUUGUUAUGUCGUCCAAUGGAUCCAGCAUCCCUUGGAAUCAUGAGGAUAGUAUUUGGGUUGUUGAUGGUAAUAGACAUACCACAAGAGAGAGGAUUAGGACAUGCUGACGUGAGAUUUCAACAAAAUGUGUGUUACUUCCCUUUCUUUAACUUCCUGCAACCACUUCCAAUUCAGUGGAUGUUUAUAGUUUAUGGAUUUAUGUGGUUAGGUGCCUUUGGGAUAAUGUUAGGAUUUUUAUAUCGUCUGAGCUGUAUUUUAUUUAUGGUGCCUUACUGGUACAUAUUCUUACUUGACAAGACAUCGUGGAACAAUCAUUCCUAUCUUUAUGGUUUGAUAUCGGUCAUGUUUUUCCUCUGUGAUGCUAACCGUUACUGGUCUGUUGAUGGAUUGCUAUGGAAGAGCUGCAGAAACAGUCAUGUUCCUCUGUGGAACUAUACUGUAUUUAGAUUUCAGGUAUUUCUUGUAUAUUUUUAUGCUGGAAUUAAGAAGUUGGAUCUUGACUGGAUGUUUGGGUAUUCCAUGACAAAUUUGUCCAAGAAAUGGGUAUUUGACCCAUUCAGAUUACUAAUGACAGAUGAUCAGAUAGAUCUAUACAUUGUACACCUUGGAGGAUUAACAUUAGACAUGUUUGCAGGAUUUUUGUUAUUUUUUGACAAGACUAGACCAUUAGCAUUUUUCUUUGUUGGAUCAUUCCAUUUCAUGAACUCUCAAAUGUUCAGUAUAGGCAUGUUUUCCUAUACCAUGUUAGCGACCAUGUUGAUAUAUUGUUAUGCUGAUUGGCCAAGGUUGCUGUUCCGUAAAUGUCCUCAGUGGAUAAAUAUUGUCUUACCUUCAGAUGAUGCAAUACAGACAAGUAGUUAUUGUAUCUAUAGUAAAGAAGAUAUCAAACCAGAAAAUAGAAAAAAGAAAACAAAUGAGUCAAAAUCAAAAGACCCCCCAUCAAAUAAGCCUCCCCCUACAGCUCCAGGUUACACCCAUCAGAUAUGGACAUUCAUUGUUCUAACUUACAUAGCAACACAGCUUGUCCUGCCAUUCUCACAUGGACUUACUAAGGGUUACAAUAAUUGGACAAAUGGCUUGUAUGGGUAUUCUUGGGAUAUGAUGGUUCAUAGAUGGAGCACACAACACAUAAGAAUCACAUAUGUUGAUAAAAAGACGGGAGAUGUUGGUUAUUUGGCUCCUGAUGCAUUCAAUAAUGAAAGGCAUUCAAGAUGGAGUGCUCAUGCUGAUAUGGUCAAACAAUAUGGAACCUGUUUAGCUGAUAGAUUAAAACAGUAUGAUCUUGAGGACAUUGAACUCUACUUUGAUAUCUGGAAAUCACUGAACCAAAGAUUUCAACAAAGAAUGUUUGAUCCUAGAGUGAAUAUUUUAGAAGCAGAAUGGCAUCCAUUUAAAAAAACAUCCUAUGUUGAACCACUAUUAGUUGAUCUAUCAGGUUGGAGACAAAAGUUAGACCAGAUUAAAGAUCAGUUAGAUAACCAUACAGAUGUUGUCUUUGUAGCUGAUUUCCCAGGCUUAUAUCUAGAGAAUUUUGUGCAGGAAGAUUUAAGUAAUACCAGUAUAACCGUCCUUGCUGGAGAAAUCCUUGUUGAACUGGUAGACAGAAAAAAGAAUUAUACCCUCAGUGUUAACCAAUCAAUGCAGCUUCCACCAGAUGAGUUCCACAAUGUACAUACCAUAUCAGAAGUACCUUCAUGUUAUAUGUACAUGUUUGUCAACACAACUGAUAUUGACUAUGAGAAAAAGUUUAGAGAGUAUGAAGAGUAUUUCAACAUGACAAAGAACUGUACAGACAAUUGUGCAGAAGCCAGUUCAAAUUUGACAAAAAAGUUUGCAAAUGAUCCUAAAAGAGAUCAUUAUGAUCAGAGAAUUGCCAAGAGAGAAGAAAGACAACAGAAGAUACAACUACCUGCUUGGAGCAAAUUCUUCAAAUUCAUCAGCUUUAAAUUGGAUAUUUUUAGAAGAAGCUUUACACUGAUAGGAGGAGCUGUGAAAUGUAUGGUUUUACAGCAGAACUUUGAGAAGUUCCUGACCAGUGUUUAUGAAUCAGAAUCGUCUGCUGGAAACAAUUCUCCUGAACCGGGGACCAGUCAUGUAGAACUUAGUGUUGAUAUAUAGGAAUGUUCAACUACCACCAUUUUCAGAUGAUAAAGUUUGCAAUAUUGUGAUCGGUUGGAAUUAUUAUAGUUGCAAUAAUCAAGUAAUUUUUGUAUAUUGAUACUGUUUAGAGAAAAGACUGCUUGCUAUGAAUAGCAACUGAUAUAGGAGAACUUUAUACAUAGAUUUAACCUAAUAUAAUAUAUUCGUUAUCUGAGGAGUAAAAGAAUAUUUUUCAUGAGAAGAAAGACAUUGAAAAUGUUUACAAUCUAUUUUCCUGUCAAAUAGUUUGUUAUUUCUUUUAUUUUUCAUAUGUUUAAUAUAUGACUCUAUACAGAAUCAUGUUAUGCCCUGUCUGGGUUGUUAGGCAUUUAGAAUAAGAUUGAUCCUUGUCUGUUAUACAUCUAUACAUUCCUGUGUGUUUUUUUAGGUCCAGGUCCAUUUCUUUAAAUCCUGUGAUAUUUUCAAUUGUUGUUUAAAACUUUAAACCUGAAUUAGAUAUAAAUAAAUGGAUUUGGGUCUACUUAAAAAAAUAACUAUGUUGAUGUACUUAUGGAAUUACAACUAAAGUAUUCUUCGUAGAACAGUGAUAUUCGUCCACAUUUUGAACCAUUUGGCUAAACUAACAUAGAGCACAAGUAUUGUCAAAAUUUACAUUUUUUUGCCAGUGAAUUGCGUUUUAUUAAAGUUCUUAGAUUCAAUUUUUUUUAUGAAAAUCGGAGAUAGUUUGAGAUAUAUUUUAUUUUAUGGCUUCAUCCCACAAUUGUACCUUUUCUUAUCUUUAAAGUCUAUGAUAAUACAUUAAUAUUUCAUGUAAGGUCUAGUUGUUGAAUACUAUUUUUCUCAAGUAUUUUACUAUUUCUCAUUGUGCCAUUCAUGUCUUGAUUAAGGUUGACUUGUAAAUGUUAAUUGUAAUAUAACUUGUAGUGAAAUCAUUAUAUAACUUGUAGUGAAAUCAUUAUAUAACUUGUAGUGAAAUCAUUAUAUAACUUGUAGUGAAAUCAUUAUAUAACUUGUAGUGAAAUCAUUAUAUAACUUGUAGUGAAAUCAUUAUAUAACUUACUGUGUCUGUUACCAUUGAGGUAUGGACUGAGUUUACAUUGAAGGUGAUAUUGUAGGACAUGAAGCUAAUAUUGUCUGUUACCAUUGAGGUAUGGACUGAGUUUACAUUGAAGGUGAUAUUGUAGGACAUCAUAGGAAGUCAUUUGGUGAAAGUUAUUAGUUGACGUAAUGGAAUUCUUUACUUGUUAAAGGGCGAUAUAUAUAUAGUAACUAUUAUGAAUUUGGUUUUAUGUUUUUAUUAUCAAUUGGUGUAGAGAGAAAUGAUAAUUUACAUUUUUUGCAAUAUCAGACUUUCUCAAUUCCCAUUUGCUGCUUCAUAUUUUAUAAGUCUGGAUAUUUUAUUAUUUAUUAAAGCUUAGCUUUGUGUUUCCUGUUUAAAGCUUGUAUAUAAUUAAAGACUGUCCAUGCACGGUUUUUAAAUGUCUCAGGCAACCAUUUUUAGCAUUUAUGGUGGUACCUAACACUUGAACUAAAAUUAAUUUUGCUCG